UAUAGCCGCUGUUGCCGGGCCCCUCCCGGGGGCUGUGCCCUCCCCGUCCCGUCCCGUGACUGCGCGCCCCGCGGCGGGAGCGGCUGGGAUGGCGCGGAGCGGGCGGGCGCUGGCCGGGGGGCUCGCUGCCGCCAGGCACUUGGCUUCCUGUGGCAUUCUGAUGACCAGAAUUUCUCCUUUGCAAGUACCUGUAAUGAGCCAUACCUUCUCAAGAAACUUCUUCAAAAUUGCUGCACCACUUGUAAAUAAAAGAAAAGAAUAUUCUGAAAGAAGAAUUAUAGGGUAUUCUAUGCAGGAAAUGUAUGAAGUCGUUGCUCUUGUGGAGAAUUACAAACUAUUUGUUCCUUGGUGCAAGAAGUCAGAUAUAUUGUCAAAGCGCUCUGGAUACUGCAAAGCACAGCUAGAAAUAGGAUUCCCUCCCGUAGUAGAGAGGUACACUUCGGUUGUGACCCUAGUGAGACCACAUUUAGUUAAGGCAUCUUGUACAGACGGAAAACUAUUUAAUCACUUGGAAACAGUGUGGCGUUUCAGUCCAGGUAUCCCUGGUUAUCCAAGGACAUGUACAUUGGAUUUUUCAGUUUCUUUUGAAUUUCGUUCACUUCUACACUCAAAACUUGCUACGCUAUUUUUUGAUGAAGUGGUAAAGCAGAUGGUGGCUGCGUUUGAACGAAGAGCAUCCAAGCUCCACGGCCCAGAAACAAGCAUACCUCGGGAGUUGAUGUUUCAUGAAGUUCACCAGACGUAAAAGGGAAAAGUGUAGCAACCCACGUUA